AUGACGCACCACACCCACCGCAUCGUCUGGCAGACCUACAUCGCUCCCGAAGCGCCGGGCGGCCGAGGUACAUUCUUCCACAACCACGCCCACCAGUGUACCCAAAUUACUAGGACUAACCUUCUGCAGCCCGUCGCCGAAAACGGGGACGACGGGGACGACGUGACGUCGGUGCGGAUCGCCCUCGCCGCGUACGAGCACGAUGGCAUGCGCCUGGCCCUCAAGCGCCUCGCCAUGUGUUACGGACUGCUCCGCGAGACCGAGUUUCUGCCGGCCUGGCUCGGCAAUCUCCGGUGCCCCGCUAAUCUCGCCGGGAUCGAGAACGGGAGGCCCCUGGCCAUCGAGCCCCAGGCCAUCCACGAGCUGCCCUACCGCACCGACAGGGUGCCCCUCGCCUGGCGCGGCUGCCGCCACCGGGAGGCGCCUAACCUCUUUUCCGAGUACAUCUCCGUCCUCGCCAUCACCGUACCCGGCGCGGACAUGUGGCACGAGCCCGAGAUCGACAUGCUCCGCAUUCUCGGCGGUUUGGCCUUCUCCACCCUCACCGAGCCCUCUUCUAGGAUCCUGCGCAACCGCAUCGUGGCGGACCGCGUGUCUAGCGUCCUCCUCGACUGGUCCAAGUUUGACCCGCGCGUUCUCCGCGCCGUGUUCCUCGACCUCCGCGCCUACAUUGUCGGCGCCAUGACCGACGACGAACUACUCGACAUCGCUCGAGAUAUGUCUGCCCAUCUUUCCCUCGAAGUGCUCUGCCUCGUCGGGAGCCGCGGCCGCAUCCCCUGGCUGGAUCGCCUGUUCCUCGGCGAUUUAGAUAUCAGCCUCCUCGAAACAUCACCGCAGAUCGUAGACACCCAGGAGGGACGCCACCUUAACCCCAUUGCGCUGUUCAGGGGCGCGCUCCGGCCGGGAGGUAGGCUCAUCCUCAUCGACAGCACGGGUACGGCUAUGACUGUGCCCCCGUUCGAGCUUCCUAUCCCACCAGUGUCUUUUGCCUCCUGA